AUGCUUAGUUCCACCUUGUUGACAUGCCAGGAAGAUAACUACAGUUGUCUGAGGAGCAGUUCAGGAACACCACCAACUACAAACAAAAAGGAUGAGUUGAAGGACCAGGGCUACCUGAGGACAAUUGACCGAGAAGAACGUUGUUCUGGAACCUUCUGUGGCUCUGAGUUGUAUCUCAAGAACCUUCUGCCGGACGUCUUCUCCCCCAAGAGUUUGGAGAGCUCCCUCAAGACGUCAUCUGAAGAGCCUUCUCUGAGCAGAAGGUUGUCCAUGGAUGAUACUCACGAAGAGAUGCCACCAACUCUUGAUCCUUCUGGAGUUCCAGAGGUCCUGUUAGGUCACUCCUUGGAGAAGAAUGCUGGAGAUUUUGCCGCUCCUGAAGUUGGAGAUAAGCAUGGAGAAGCUGGUGGAGACCCCAUCACCACCUCCAGUGUUGAUGAGGCCAGCCUGUCGACAGCCCUUCAGAAGGUCGGUCUCUUUGAGGAAACCAUCUGGAGGAGUCCCAGAAAAGGUUUCCAGCCCACCAACACCCGUGUCUGGCCACGGUACCUCCAGAAAGAUGGGGGUCCCCUCCGAGGAUAUUUUGUCCCGCUGGAAAUUAAGAAAUUGGGUGAUGCUUUCAAAAGAUGGCGUUCCCACUGGGAGAAAAGGCAGCAGAUUCAUCUGCUGGCGCUUCGAAUCCAGACCAGGCUGAUCAGGCGGUGCUUCGAAGCCUGGCAGAGUUUGGCCCAACGGAAACGGCACAGCCAGGCGGCCAUGGAGCACCUGUGGGCCCAAUCCUUGAGGGCCUCUUUCCGGCAGUGGGGCCUAAUGGCGCAAGCCAGGAGAAACGCCAAGAUGGCAGUGAUUGAGCUGCUGGGGGCCAAGCAUCCAACCUCCUGCGGGCCCUGGAGGGACCCCAGCAGAAGAAAUUGGCCCCCAAAGUACAUCGAAAAUACUCUGGACUCUCUUCUCUGCCUGAGGACGUUGCAGAACGCAUUUCUAACUUGGGAGGCAAGAUGCCAGGAAGCGCAGCGGGCUGGGGCUUUCCAUCGCGGUUUGACCCUGCGACAGCUGCGGGAGGUUCUCGGACAAUGGCGCCAGAGAACCCGUGGUCUGAAUCCUCUCAGGCUCACUGAGGGCUGUCUCCUUGCGUUGCCGGAUUGGCAAGAACCUUCCUCCUCCCCUGCCUUGCCCUGCGCCAGUCAGGCAGUCCAACCGGUAGAGCCCAGCCUCAUCAGCCUGACUUCAUUGGGGACUGUUGAAGAAUCCAGCAGCCUUCCUGCUCCCACCUCUCGCUGUCCGAACUGCAGUUUUGACCGCGAAAAUCCGACCUGUGUCACUAACCGGGCGUCUCCUCUUCCGCUUAAUUGGCAGGCAGCGAGCAAAUAUGGACGGCUGUGGAAACGCAGCGUCCAGCUGCAUCGCUUCCAGGGCGUGCGGGACGCACGCCAGCUGGCCAAGGCCUGGCUGCUUUGGAAAGACGCCUGCAGGACCGAGCUGGCGAUCCAAACGCUGAGAUGGUGGAGAGGAGCUCGGUGGGUCUGGGAGAUGUGGAGACGCCGCUGGUUGCAACUCCGAGUGGCCCAGCGUUUCCACGAAGCUGAAGAGGCACAGUUGCUCAAAACAGCUUUCGGGAAGUGGCGUCGGCUGGCGGUAGUCUCUCGUGGCCAGACCAAAUAA